AUGGAUAAGCAAAUUAGUUAUGUAAACCUCCGCUUUAGUCAAUCUCAUACUACAGUGGACCUUGAAUCAUCCGAACCUUAUUGGUUCGGUACCCAAGGUCCUGAUGAGUCAGUUCUCGAGUAUCCUCUCAACUCUGCUGUCGACACUGGUGCCAAGGAGAGAAGGAAAUGGUCUCCGAGGGAGGAUAAAAUCCUUAUUGGUGUUUGGCUUAACACCAGUAAGGAUGCGGUGGUGAGCAAUGACCAGAAAGCUGGUCGCUUCUGGAAGAGGAUCGUCGAGUACUACAAUAACUGCCCGCAACUGGUGGGAACAACACCUAGAGAGCUGAAUCAGUGCAAGCAGAGGUGGGCUAGGAUUAACGAGCAAGUCAGCAAGUUCGCUGGAUCAUAUGACGCGGCUCUGAGGGAGCAGAGAAGUGGUCAAAAUGAUGAUGACGUGAUGAAAGCUGCUCUAGAGUACUUCUUCAAUCGUCACGGGACCAAGUUUGUCAUGGAACAUGCAUGGAGGGAGUUGAGGCAUGACCAUAAAUGGGCCUCCACCUAUGUGGGUAAGGACGGUGGAAAGGAAAAGCGGAAACAAGUUGAUAUAGAAGAUGAAGUGGGAGAACCAGAGAGUAGACCUAUAGGGAUCAAUACUUCUAAAGCUGCUGCUAAGAAGAAGAAGAAUGGUAAAGAAGAGUCGUUGUCACAGAUUCAGGCCAUAAUAGAAAUGAAAGCAAAAAUGUCAAAACAGAAGUUGCUUGAACGUCUACUUAGCAAAAAAGACCCACUCACUGAGAUGGAAACAUCUCUUAAGCUCAAACUCAUGUUUGAGAUGUUAUGA